GCCAAAACGAAGGGAGCGAGGGACGUUCGCCUAUUAUCACUCGCUUCGUGCGCUGGUGUAUAUUUUUCUAAUAAUAAUUACGAAAAUGUUUCGACGCCUAAUUCACGGGAAAAGUUGAGAGCGCGGAGCGAGCGUUCGGCCGUGGAGUCCGGCCGAAGUCCUUUGAGUCUCGCCAAGGACGGAGAAUCGGAGGAAUCGGAGUAACUCGCGGCGUUCCUCGAGCAAAACGAUGUGAAUCUGUGCGGUGUGCGAUUUACUGCAUAAAAAGAGCGAGACCGCGCCGGAGUGGAACGGAGCGAGAGAGAGGAGACGACCCGGGAAGAACAGGUUCAAGCGGGACGAGACGAGCGUGCAAGAGAGAGAGAGAGGAAGAUGUGUCGGUGGAUGAAUUACUACAAUUUGCUUAAUAGCUAAUAGACUCAAAAUUACUGGUAUGCUCCUGUGAUCUGGUCACGAUGCCCGCGUAUGCAACGAUAUUUCCAUGUCUCUUCCUAGGACUCUUAGGAUUAACGUAUGGACACGAUGUCAAGGGCUCGACAUCUUGUGAAUUUUACAAUGAAACAAUGUGCACGGAAUCUCAACAAGGGUGUUCGGGUAAAGAAGAAUGCGGACCACAUGACCCAGACAAACGAAAUCAUUGCUAUGUUUUGUGGCAAUUUGACAGCACGACAAAGACGUCGACUAUUAAACUAAAGGGAUGCUUUUUGGAUAGUAAGGAGUGCUAUGAUAAGACGCACUGUGUUGAGAAAAAUGCAGAUAGAAAAAAGCAGUUAUUCUUUUGUUGCUGCGACGGAAACAUGUGUAACCAAAAUUUCACAUGGGAUCCUCAGCCUACGCAGCCUCCUCCUCCCGUACUCCAUGAGUACGAGCCAGUACCAAAUACAGAGCAACAGAUAAUAACGCUCGUCCUAUCUAUCUCAAUACCCAUGCUGAUUCUUGCCUUAAUUUUCCCUUUAUUAUAUUGGUGCUAUCGUCGUCGUAAGUUAGGGUACUUCAAUGAAGUGCCAACGUUAGAACCGCUUCCGCUACCACAACCUUCACCCAAUUUGGGUUUGCGACCGAUACAGCUUCUGGAAAUAAAAGCUCGUGGUCGUUUUGGAGCUGUGUGGAAGGCUCAACUGAAGAACGAAGUGGUAGCUGUGAAGGUGUUUCCUAUACAAGAUAAGCAAUCCUGGCAGACGGAGCAGGAAAUAUUUAAACUGGCGCACAUGGAUCACGAAGACAUUCUACGAUACAUCGGCGUGGAGAAGAGAGGUGACAACUUGCAGACUGAGUUCUGGCUCAUUACUGCAUAUCAUGAGAAAGGUUCCUUAUGCGACUACUUGAAGGCCAAUGUUGUAACUUGGUCAGAAAUGUGCAGAAUUGCUGAAUCCAUGGCGAGAGGUUUAAUGCAUCUUCACGAGGAAAUCCCAGCCAAUAAAGCAGACGGAUAUAAGCCCGCUGUAGCGCACAGAGACUUCAAAUCGAAAAAUGUUCUUCUCAAAGCUGAUAUGAGUGCAUGCAUAGCUGAUUUUGGGUUAGCUUUGAUCUUUCAUCCGGGAAAACCUUGCGGUGAUACGCAUGGACAGGUUGGAACUCGGAGAUACAUGGCUCCAGAAGUUCUGGAGGGCGCGAUUAAUUUCACGCGCGAUUCUUUUCUUAGAAUCGACAUGUAUGCCUGUGGACUGGUGCUAUGGGAAUUAGCAUCACGGUGCACGGUACAAGAUGGCCCCAUCGGGGAAUACAGGUUACCAUUCGAAGAGGAAGUUGGACUUCAUCCUACCUUGGAAGACAUGCAAGAGAGUGUCGUACACAAAAAGGAACGACCACUCAUUUUGGAAACAUGGCGAAAACAUGCGGGUCUCCUUUCAAUCUGCGACACGAUGGAGGAGUGUUGGGAUCAUGACGCGGAGGCGCGUCUUUCCGCAUCCUGUGUAAUGGAACGGGUCGCUACUUUAAGCCGAACGCUCGUUCUAAAUUCAUCGACCUUGAUACGGGUCGACAACACCAACGAGUCUAUCACCACCAAGGAGUCUAGUAUGUAGUUAGCCUGUGUGUAUUAUAGCUUUAGUUAAAUUGCACAACCAACAGUUUCCUGUACCAUACAACUUUCUUCUACGAUCAUCAAUGGGGAACAUCGUCGAUGUAGAUACGUUAAUAUCUUCUAGACCGUUCUUUUAGUUACUGUGAAAUCUGUCAUUCGUGGUCGUGGAUUAUUUUCUAGGUAUCGCGUCGCUUUAAAUAUCCUAAAUUUUAAUCAUCGUGGAAUUACAGAGUUAACAUAGGCUGUCGAUCAGCCAUCGUAGAUCAAAUUCUUGUGUCAGAAUCAAUUUUUAUUGAACUGAUGGAACAAAGUGAGACCAUUAAUUAUUAUUAGCAUUACAAAUAAUCUAUUUUAAUUGAUUCAAAACAUUGAUGAUGUUAUGCCGGUUAUAAUCUGAAAUGUUGAGAGAACCGCCUAAUAAUUUUUAUAGGGCUCGAUCGGUCUAAUCAGUGCGACUGACUAUUUUGCCUAACGCAAAUCAUGGUUUUGUUCGCUGUGAACGAUGUGUGAUUUCAAAUGUGAAAUACUCUGAAAUGCCUACUAUUUUUUUACUCUUAGUUAACUAUUUUUGCUAGUAACAAAUCUCGCUGUACAUUUUCACAAACUAAUGUAUGACGUAAAAUGACGACCGUAAUUUUUUAUUUUUAUAUUGCUAGGUUUUAAGUUCAGAGAUUUGAAUCAAUUUGAGAUAAGGAUCUGUGUUUCAAAAAUUGUAUUAUGAAAGAGUAAGCAGUGCGCAGUUGACCUGCUAAAUGCAAUCAUGAUUAUUACACAAAGUGUACUUGAAAAUUUGGUCAUCUUUAUGGAAUACAUCUUUCACAAUAUAUUAUCUGAUCCGAAAUGAAUUAAAAAUGACAUGAACACGAACAUGUAACUAUGCAAUGCGAUUUAAUUUUUCUUUUUUAGUGCACGUUCUAUACAUGUAACGUCAUGUAAAUAGCAGAUAAUCGUUGAAUAACUCCGCUUUGUUACUCGCGAUCGAAUGCAACCCAUGUGUAUCCAUACGUGUUCCUUAAUUGUUCAAUAGUUCAAUCGCACUUUCGUAACCCGAGCGUGUGUAUUAUUAUGUUAAUUAUCACUUUCUCGCAGCAUUUCGUAGUGUUUUGCGAAAAGCGUUGUUCCUCAUUGGUGCUAGCGAUUUUACGACGAUCGUCUACGGGAUUGCCUAACCUGUCCGGAAACAUUGACAUCGUUGCAAUUGUCCACCGAUCACUGGGUUUCUAUGAGGGACGUCCUUUUGUUGCCACUUAUUAACACUUAGGGGAGAUCUCCCCGUUCAGUCGGUUAAGUGUUAAGAAUACCUCAAAUUAUGUUUGGGAAUACAUUAACUUCAACUGAAAGUCGUUCCGUGUGGUAUCUUGAACUUCUGAGAGCCACUUUAUAUUUAUCAAUUAUUUAACCUCGCAAUGUUUCCGUUGACGAGUCAGCGAAUCCCGCCGUUUGCGAGGAAUCGUUUAAACGAUAAGCCGAACAAACCCGAUAUCGAUUUAGUGUUCGUCGACGAUGCGAUUUAUUGUAUUGCCACGAGAGCGACGUAAUCGACCCUACAACAAAUGUACCUGGUAGACACAAUCGUGUUAACCGAUUGAAGGCCACGUGGAAUUUAUUAGCCUCGAGAUCUAUAUAUUAACUCGUCCGAAUUUUGGGGACGCGUAAUUCGAGCUGACAGAUCGUGUACAGAGAAAUUCCUUAUCCGCGUAGAGAGAAUGCGAUGCUCGCGUUCGUCAACGCGCGCGCCCUAAUCUCGAAGUUAUUCGACUAAAAAGGAUUUUAUUUAAUCAGAAGAAUUCCGUUAUGUAAUACGAUCGUGUAGUGAAUGUCUACCUUUUUAUCGUGCGAUUACUGAUAUCAACCGAAUAAAUUCGAGGGCUCACAUAUCCAUCGAAAGGUAAUCCUCUACGAGCCUAAGUGCGCUCCGUGUUUCACUGAGGAUUUUGAAACUGGAUUUAGACGGUGCCAAAUAGAAAUUACGAUUCGUAGGCCACGUGCUUUUCGAUUCAUUAUUGUACAUUCGUUAUCAGUACAUUGAUAUAUAUAUUAUGAAUAAAAAAUUGGAGGCACUCGAUAAGCGAUCUGUGUGACGUAAUGUGAGCAAGCGUGCACACCGGAAUGUAGGAAUUUAGGACCGCAGAAGAGGGUUGAGGCGAGCGCGAUAUCACUUUUGGAAUGCGUAAUAUUUAAAGAAAAAUAUAUAUAUUAUAAUUAGACGUAUGUCGCAGUUGCUCGUGUCUCAAGAUACACGUUCGAAGUACUAUCAGCUCCUCCCCAGUGACAAGGAACUUACUGGUCUGCUUUCUGGUACCGUUGUUGUUACUCUAACUAUGUAAGUGAUUUUUUAAGUAAUUUGUUUAAUAGUUAUUUUUAUGAAGAAACCCGACUAUACAUAUAUAUAUUAUAUAUAUUAAACCUAAUUAAUUAAAUCUAGGCUGUACCAUAUACAUAUAAUGAAGACUUUGAUCGGACAUACUUGUUCGCACCUAGUCGAACUUAGGCUGAUUGUAAAUAAAAUACUAAGGCAUAUUCUAGGAGAAA